AUGAAUCCCAAGCAUGAUGAUGCCCCAGAAGUGGACGAGGUGGACGAAGUAGCUCGCAUCGAGGACUUGCAAAAUGUCGAAUCAACCCGAAAAGAUGUCAUGAUCGACCAAGAUCAUAGCGAAUUGUAUUUGGAAGCGAUUAGAAGAUAUCCGGUAGAUGAGGCUAUCGAUAAAGAUGCAGAAAAACGGCUGAAACGUAAACUUGACAUGCGCAUUGUUCCUCUGCUCGGAAUUUGCUAUUUCUUCUAUGUAGGUCAACUGCAUUCUACUGUCCCACUGAUGCUGACUUAUGGCUAUAAAAGACUACCUCCAGCCUGGUACCUCAGCUUCAAUAUUUUUAUGUGGGGGGUGCUUCUCAUGUGUGAGGCCGCAUCCAAGAACUUUGCCACUCUCUCCGCUCUUCGAGCCCUUUCAGGCGCCUUUGAAGCCAUUGCAGACCCGGCGUUUAUGCUUAUUAUCUCGACCUACUACACUCGCGAAGAGCAGCCUUCACGCAUUUCAGCCUACUACCUCUGGAAUGGUAUCGGGGUUGCUGGUGGUGGGCUUAUUGGCUACGGAAUUGGCCACAUAAAGGGUGCUCUUGUCUCCUGGCGCUAUGAGUUUAUUAUAGUCGGUGCCGUUUGUGCAUUUUGGGGUAUUGUGUUGUCACUGCUUCUUCCAAACUCGCCGACCACCUUCUGGGGCUUUACUCAUGACGAGAAAUUGAUGAUUAUCGCUCGCAUGCGACGCAACCAGACCGGUGUUGAGCAGCGCAAAAUCAAAUGGGACCAAAUCAAAGAGGCAUACCUUGAUUACAAAACGUGGAUGUUUUUCCUGCUGGGCGUUGUUAGCAACAUCCCCAAUGGUGGGAUUUCCAACUUCUCGACCUUGGUUAUUCAAGGGCUCGGGUUUGAUACUCUAGAUACUGCGCUUCUCGGUAUACCGCAGGGCGCCACAGUGGUGAUUUGGAUCGUGCUUGGAGCAGUGGCUAACCACUACCUGCCACUUAAUAGUCGGACAUUAGUCUGUGCUCUCUUCAUGCUUCCAACUAUUGCUGGUAGCCUUGGCUUUCUCCUUGCACCUACUGACGCAUAUGUUGGCCGAUUGAUCUGCUUCUAUCUCACAGGAUCAUACCAGGCCUCAUUCGUGCUAAGCCUGUCCAUCAUCACAUCCAACGUCGGUGGACAAUCGAAAAAAAUGAUUGUCUCGGGCAUGAUAUGGUUUGGAGUGUGCGUUGGCAACAUCGCCGGUCCUUUCUUUUACAAGAGUGCCCAAGCACCCACCUACCGCUUGGGAAUCGGGUCUCUGCUGGUUUCGAAUUGCAUCGAGCUUCUGCUAUUCUUCGCCAUACGCUACAUGUUCAUGUGGGAAAAUCGACGCAAGGAGAAGGCAAGGGAGAUUCUGCGAGAGGAGGGUGCAGGUGAUGCAUUCACGCUUAAUGCAACGGCGUUUAAUGAUCUGACCGACAAGCAGAAUCCUAACUUUGUGUAUGUAUACUAA